AUGAAUCACGACUUUGGAGACUGGGAGUUUAGCGGAAACCAUGUCGACAGCGCGUUGCUUCGAUUCGCCGAAGACCUAAAAUGGGAAGACGCCACACUUUCUCGUAAGCGCGUCGAUGUCCUCCAAGUGUUUCCACUGUCCAGUGAUCGAAAGGUCACUGCAAUUGUCGUAAAGGGUCAAACCGGCGGUUAUCGAGCACACUUCAAAGGGGCAAGCGAUAUUCUUUUGCGGCAGUCAACCAAGUAUGUGGCUGUUCAUCACGAUGGCCAGCACUACAGUGGCGCCACUGGCAUCGAAACCAAGACUUUCGAUAUCACGUCAAGGGCACUUGCCAAGAAGAUGAUAUUGGACUAUGCAAGCAAGGCCAAUCUUACGAUAUCUCUCUGCUAUCGGGACCUUGUCACAUGGCCCCCUCGAGGAUUUACACUGGAUGAGCAGGGCGAAAUGUCGUUCCAUGCCCUCUUUCAUGAUCUCACUUUCCUCGCGACCUUUGCCAUUCAGGACCCGCUUCGUCCCGGCAUUUGUGAUGCAGUCCGAAACUGUCACCGUGCUGGCGUUCAAGUCAAGAUCUGCACCGGGGAUGAUGUGGCAACAGCGCGAGCUAUUGCUAAAGAAUCUGGGAUUCUCACCGAAGGAGGCCUUGUCAUGGAUGCUCGGGAGUUUAGGGUGCUCGACCGCACUGAUAAACUAACCAUCUUGCCUCACCUCCAAAUCUUAGGUCGGGCCUCCGCAUGCGACAAAGGAGACCUCGUUAAGAUCCUCCAGGAUCUUGGAGAGGUCGUGGCUGUUACCGGCGAUGGCCCGCAUGAUGGCAUCGCUCUCAAAGUAGCCGAUGUCGGAUUUUCUCUCGGAAUAAAGGGGACAGAGGCUGCGAAGGCGGCCUCCGACGUCAUCAUAAUGGACGACAGCUUUCUGACCGCCAUCGUAACCCUCAAGUGGGGCCGUUUCGUCCAGAGAGCGGUGCGCCAGGUCCUUGUGAUGCAGCUUACCUCCAUCGCCUCCCUUCUUCUGGUGGCUUUCAUCUCAGCUGUUGUAUCUUCUGCUGAGAGCGCCGCACUUUCCAUCUCUCAACUCCUUUGGAUAUACCUUGUCAUGAAGGUCUUCGCCACCUUAUCUCUAGCAACAGACUUCCCAACUGACGAUCUACUGGACCACAAGCCCAUGAGAAAAGACUCUCCGGUGUUCGAAGUGGACAUGCUCAGGGUGACCUUUUGUCAGGCCAUAUUCCAGGCCACCGUUUCACUUGUUUUCCACUUCUAUUUAUCAAAAUUCCUUGUCCCUGAUUCGACCACACAUCGCAUUGGUUUGGCCAGGACACUAGUUUUUAAUGCCUUCGUUUUCUCACAGCUCGCAAACACCUUCAACAGCCGCAGAUAUAUUGGUAAUAUGAAUCGACGACCAAUUCUGCAAGCUCUCUUCCCAACUAUCUCUUCCAUCGUUUUAACUCUCGUUGCUCUGUCAACCCAGAUUCUAAUUGUUUUCAUUGGGGGACAAGCCUUCCAAGUCGUCCGCAUGACAGUACGCGAGUGGAUGAUUUCUCUGGCCCUUGGGCUGUCACCUAUUCCAUUCGGCAUUCUAGUUGCGUAUCUCCCCAACAGACCUUUCAGAAGUUUCUUCACGCUGCUCAGACUCUUGCCUAAUCCCAACAUCCUUCCAACUAUUGGGCCGAACGUAGAACGUUCGGACAUUUCGAGAGCGACAUAUGUUGUCCCUCCAGCAACACCACAGCCCACGUCGCCAGCGCCACCCACCGGCGAACCCGUGCAGAGGCCCGAGCCUGAAGAACAAUCACCUUCAUCCCCCAUCUCACCAAUAGCACCGCCGGGUCUCUCACCAAUCUCUCCUGCCGAAUCUUAA